AUGACAAAUGGGAGUCUAGAUAUCUGGCUUCAUCCAAAGAUAGAUAGGGAAGAUCAAUCGGGGGUCCUGAGCCUUCUUCAAAGACUAAAUAUUGCAAUUGAUGUUGCUUGUGCAUUAGAUUAUCUUCACAACCAUUCUGUGCAACCAAUCAUUCAUUGUGAUUUGAAGCCAAGCAAUAUUCUUCUUGACAAUGACAUGGUGGCUCACGUAAGCGAUUUUGGUUUAGCGAGACUCCUCUCAACUGUUACUAAUUCUUCUCAAAAGUUAACUAGUACAAUUGGGAUAAAGGGGUCUAUUGGCAAUACUGCUCCGGAGUAUGGCACGGGCAACGAGGUAUCAAUUGAGGGGGACGUAUAUAGCUUUGGAGUAUUUCUACUGGAGAUGUUUUUGGGAAAGAGACCAACUGAUGAAAUGUUUAAAGAUGAUCUCAAUCUCCACAGUUUUGUUAGGAUGGCAUUGCCAGAACAACUUGUUCAAAUUGUGGACCCAGCACUUCUUGUAAGAGGAGUUGAAGAAAUGCCAGCAGCUGCAGUGGCAGCUAGAGAAUAUUAUAAUGAGAAUGAAAUUGAAGCAGAUGAAGAAACUCAAGCUAUUGUUAACCACAGCCAAGUGGAAGCUAAUGUGUAUAAGUGCUUAAUCUCAGUCCUUGAAAUUGGUCUUGCAUGUUCCAUAGAGUCACAAAAGGAAAGAAUGAAAAUGGAGGAAGUUAGCAAGGAACUACAUUCAAUAAAGAAUGCUUUUCUAGGUUCUAGGAUUUGA